GAGAUGGAUGAAGUUAGCACCUCAGUUUGCACUAGUGUGAAAAGAGUGGCUUACACAAACAACAGGAUCUGGGGUACAGCAGAAUACACUAUACCAAUGCAGGUAACAAACUCUUUUUUUGUGAUGACCAACAACAUUAAGACAGAGAAUCAACUUGAGCAGAGGUGCCCUGAGUAUCCCUUUGGCAAAGCUAUCUGCUCUUCAGACAAGUCUUGUGAAAAAGGGAGCGUAGAUAUCCACAGUCAUGGAAUUCAAACUGGAAGAUGCGUGAAUUAUAAUGCAACUGUUAAAACCUGUGAGGUCAGGGCAUGGUCUGUGGAAUCCAUGGAAAAGCCCUCUGAGCCUGCUGUUCUGAGGAGUUCUAAAGACUUCACUGUGCUAAUAAAGAGCAAUGCUCACUUCCCAAAAUUUAAUUACACCAUACUAAAUAUUCCACCAGAUUUAAAUACCUCCUGCAUAUAUAACAAGAUAACUUCCCCACUCUGUCCAAUUUUCUAUCUGGGAGAUAUCCUUCAGGAAGCAAAAGAGAAUUUUUCUGUGGUGGCAGUAAAGGGAGGAGUCAUUGCCAUUGAGAUUAACUGGGACUGUAACUUGAACAGCUGGUUUUACAACUGCAGUCCAAUGUAUAGUUUCCACCGCCUUGAUGACAAAAAAAUAAAACCUGGAUUCCGUUUCAGAUAUGCAAAGUACUACAAACUACCACAUGGGAAAGAGCAGAGAACUCUUUUCAAAGUCUAUGACAUACGGUUUGAUGUCCUUGUCUUUGGCACAGGUAGAAAAUUUAACGGCAUUGAACUCAUUAAAAACAUUGGGUCCGCGAUCUCCUAUUUUGGUUUGGUGAUGUAUGUGUCCAAUGUUGAUGAGCCACAUGUUACCUUGAUAAAGAAGCCUCUGAAAACAAGCUUGCAGCAUGCUCAAGGAAGCGCUGUUGAGAGCCACCCUGUGAAAUUCUGUGAUGCUGGCAGCUGCUGCACCAGCGAGUCCGACGACAACCAUGAUAAUGAAGAAUCAGAGCCAAUGCGCACCAGUGAGUCCAACAAGAACCAAGAUAAUGAAGAAUAUGAGCUGGGGCAACCUCUCAGACAAAGGGCCUCUUCCUCAGACUGCCAAAAGUGCUGCGGCUGUGGCAAUUGCCAGGCAACACAGCAGUACCAUGAGCAGCUUUGCUGCAGAAGGAAAAAAGGGCAGUGCAUCACAACCUCCCAUUGGUUUCAGCAGCUGGUGCUGUCCAGUCACACCCUGAGGAAAGCCCUUCUCUACAAAGACCCCUUUCUAGACUUUACGGAUGGCAAUAUCAACAACCAGCUGCGUCACCUUGCUUACAAGCAAUACAUUCACUGGCACUUUGGCUCUUUUGAUCUGGAAGACAGCACCAUCAUCCCAAGCUGCUGCAGGUGGAAAAUUAGAGAUACUUAUCCCAAAGCAGUCAACAACUACACGGUUUUAAGAUGGAAUGAGGAUGUAGCACAACUUGAGCUUACACUGUGA